AUUUACUACACAACAUCAUUGAGACAGACUGUGUUUUACAUUUUUUUUAAAAAGGAAGCAAGAAGGGAGAAUCUCAAUCGGAGUGAAAGAGAAGACUUGCCCAAUUAAAUCUCAGAAGUCCUGCAGACAGGAAUAGGGUGUGUGUCAAUUUCAUUUAAGUAGAAACUGCCCUUCCAUGUCAUGCAUUUCUUAACUACAGAGCCAUGGAGGGGCAGGAAUCGCAGGUCAAAGAGCUUGGCAUGAGUCGACUGAUGUUUUAUCGCCACCUUGAAAGUGUAGAGACAAUGCGUAGCUACUGGGAGCUUAAACAGGUCCAACUGAAGAAUCUGGAACAGCUAAGAGAUAAGGAUGGAAAGGAGAAAUCUAAAGUGUACCCAAAGGGGUCGAAAACCCAGAAGAAAAAGAAACCACUAGAUACAACAGACUUAGUCUCAGCUGGUUUAGAAGAAGUGCAAAAGCUCAAUGAACAGAACACUCAGCUUUCCCACUGUGCAGCAGAGACAGCAGCCAGCACAGCAGUUCCCCUGGAUCUUAUUGAGGAGGAGCAAGAAGGAGAAGGAUACAGGGACAAAAAAGAAUUGGUGGAGGAAGCGGCAAGAGAUGAAGAAACUGUAGCUGAAUUGUUGCUGAUAAAAGAGGAAGAGGAAAAGGAGGAAGAUGAGGAGACAGAGAAAGAGGAGGAAUUAUUGUUGUCAGAGGAAAUCCAACAAGCUGCUUCAAAUUCAUCUGGCCAGACCAAUGAAAACAUCACAAUCACACUAGAAAGCCACGAGGAGCAUCUGGACAUAACUUGCAGCACUAAGAGGCAUGUUUCUGAUGAGAAUCUGGAGACAGAUGACCUUAAAAAAAGCAGAGUGGAGGAGGCUUCAGAGGAGGAGGAGAAGGAGGGAUUAAAAGAGGGAGAAGAGGCAAGACUUGAAGCUGCAGAGGAGGGGACAGAAGAGGAAAGGAAAGACGUGGAGCCAGUACUUGAAGAGUAUAUCAUUGAUUCCUCACCUCCUCCACCUGCACUAUUUGAACAUCGUCUAGUCACAACCAAAACCCACCAGAUUACUAGCUACUACACUAUCAAUAAAGAGGAAGUUCUUGGAGGCGGCCGCUUUGGCAUGGUGCACAAAUGUGUGGAGAAAUCUUCUGGGCUCAUAUUAGCAGCCAAGAUAAUUAAAGCCAGGAGUCAGAAAGAGAAGGAGGUAGUGAAGGGUGAAAUUGAGGUAAUGAACCAGCUGAGCCACUCCAGUCUUAUCCAGCUCUACGCCGCCUUUGAAUCUCGCCAUGAAAUCAUUCUUGUGAUGGAGUAUGUUGAUGGUGGAGAGCUGUUUGACCGGAUCAUUGAUGAAAACUAUAAACUGACAGAGUUGGACACAGUGCUGUUCAUCAGGCAGAUCAGUGAAGGGCUUCAAUAUAUGCACAAGAUGUAUAUAUUGCACCUUGACCUAAAGCCUGAAAACGUUCUGUGUGUCAGUCGACAAACGAACAAGGUCAAGAUCAUUGAUUUUGGGCUUGCAAGGAGAUACAAACCCAGGGAAAAGUUAAGGGUGAACUUUGGUACACCUGAAUUCCUAGCCCCCGAAGUGAUCAACUAUGAAUUUGUCUCAUUCCCAACUGAUAUGUGGAGUUUAGGUGUCAUAACUUACAUGCUGCUUAGUGGCCUGUCACCAUUCCUGGGUGAGGAUGAUAAUGAGACACUUAAUAACAUCCUGGCCUGUCAGUGGAGUUUUGAAGAGGCAGAGUUUGCCGACAUCUCUGAGGAAGCCAAAGACUUUAUCUCAUGCCUCCUUGUGAAGAGCAAGAGUUGGAGAAUGAGCGCAUCCCAGUCACUGAAACACCCAUGGCUUUCCGACAGAGGGCUUCAUUACCGUCUGCACCAGAAGAAAAACAAGUGUCACUCUUCACAUGCCCCUCCUCCACAGGCAUAAACAGAAGCAAUCACUGGCUCUCCUGGUGCCGUGGCGACAAACUGGACCAAUACUGCUUGAACAGUUACAUCUAUUCAGUUACAUACUGUAUUUGACAAAGUCUGUUUCCUAAUUACCUCAACACAACAGCUCAGAAUUUUUCCAACAUUGUCUGCUGAAACUAUACUGCCCACCAUUAUGGUACAAGAAUAUUUCACCAUUUUGUAAUGGUAAUUUGUAAUGGUUACCAUUUAUGGCUGUAUGAGAAACUAUCCCUGUGCUUUAGUCCUAGUGUAAUUGGGCUGUGCAGCAAUUUGAACUUUUUGAGCUGUGGACUUUUAUGAUGAUACUAGUUAUUUGGUCUUAGUACAGUUUACAAUAGGCCAGGAUUGGAGGAUGUAAACUUAUGGCUUUGAGGGCAGAGGAGAAUCGUAACUAACUAUUAAGUUAGUUGUCAACAACCUUUGAGUCUUAUGGGUAUUUUCUGUAUUUUUUUUAUUAAUGUUAGCAUUGCAGGGUUUUCACAGAAAUUCACACAGGAAACUGUACUGUAUUUUACUCUUGAAACUCUAGCACACAUAAUGUUUAAAUCCUGCAAAUUAUCUAUUUUCUGACAGUUGUCAAGAGGUCCAAGACCUAAGGGGAUCUUGGAGUUUGUCUUUGGCAUGUAUCACCGUCAUGUUCUUCCAAAUACAUAUGAGUCUCUUUCUUCUGGAACAGGAGAACAAGGAGAUGCUUAGCAGAUUGUCUGAGCUGCUCUCUUUCAAACUCCAUAAAGGAAAACAAAAGCACCAUUCAAGAAUCAUAAAAAGUAGUCUAUGACUUGUGCACUAUAUAUUUGUCUUCUUAAGCCAUAUGAUAGCUUUGUGUGAGAAACAGACCGAAAUUCAUGUUGUUAUUUAGUGAAAAGAUUAGCUUGUUAGACAGUCACGGUCACCUUUCUUUUUCAAUGUGUGAAAAAGAGCAGCUUUGACAUUCUGCUGAAAAUAACUUCUAUUGUGUUCCAUGGGAGAAAGAAUGUCAUAUGCAUUUGAAAGACGCAAGGGUGGGUUUUUGUGUGGACUAUUCCUUUACUUUUAAAGUGUUAGUUCACACAAAAAUGAAAAUUCUCUCAUUAUUUACCCUCAUGCCAUCCCAGAACUGUAUUACUUUUUUUCUUCUGCUGAACACAAUCGAUGAUUUUUAGAAGAAUAUCUCAGCGCUUAAAGGCAUUGCAAAGUAAGUGCCAAAAUUAUGAAGCUCCAAAAUUCACAUAAUGGCAACAUGAAAGUACUCCAGAUGACUCUGGUGGUAUAUAUACCUCUGGUCCAUAUAUUCUGAAGCAAUAUGAUAGGUGUGGUGAGAAACAGAUCAAUAUAUACAUCCUUUUUUAUUUUCCCUGCUCUGUCACUUUCUACUUUACUUUCACCUUCUCAUUCUCUUUCUUUUGUUUUUGGUGAUUCACAUCCUUCAUGCAUAUCAACCCCUACUGGGCAGGGAGGAGAAUUUAUGACAAAUAAUUACUUAAAUAUUGAUCUGUUUCUCACCCACACCUAUCAUAUCCUGUCUGAACACACAGAUUUAAACACUGGAGUCAUAUGAUUACUUUUAUGCUCCCUUUAUGUGGAUUUUGUAGUUUCAAAAUUUUGUCACACAUUCACUUAGGACCUACAGAGUUGAAAUAUUCUUCUAAAAAUCUAAAAUUGUUUUCUGCAAAAGAAAAAAAGUCAUACACAUCUUGGAUGGCAUGAGGGUGAGUAAAUGAUGAGAGCAUUUUUAUUUUUGGGUAAACUAUCCCUUUAAGUGCAUUACUCAGUCACAGUGAAGAAAGGCCCCAAAUACAGCUCUUACAUCCCACUUUUUUAUUCUUUAAUAUGCAUCAGAGUUUCCUCUAGGGCAAAUGUGCAAUAUAUGCCUUUAACGGAACGUAUAACAAUGACUUCAGAUGCUGAUCUCAUACUCUAUUUGAUCUUUUUUCUUUUCUUUUUAUGUUUAAAAUUUGAGACUGGGAUACAGACUCUAAGACCUCACUGACUCUAAGGCUCUUUAAAGCAACAAUAUGGUCUUGCUCACCCCCUAUCUUUUUUAGUGGAUGUCUCACCUUCCAUGAAGACAAAAAACAACAGAACACUACCUAGCAUUUUAUUGCGUGAGCUUGUGUGGUUCUAUCUAUCUAUCUAUCUAUCUAUCUAUCUAUCUAUCUAUCUAUCUAUCUAUCUAUCUAUCUGAUCUAUCGAUCUAUCGAUCUAUCGAUCUAUCGAUCUAUCUAUCUAGUGUGUGUGUUUUGCAUUGAUCACUCUGUCUGAAGUUUACUUGAAAAGCUUUCACAAUAUAGUACAAGGGGUGAAUACAAAUUUAUAACAGUUGUUGACAUAAAAAAAAAGUGUUUUCAGGUUACA